UUCGAGGCCCUGUGCAUCCCGUCUGAUCGGCUCAGACUCGGCGUAUCUGAUUAAGAUUCCACAGAGCGUGAUGGCUGACCUCGAGGAACGGCUGCGAAGCCAUGCCCAGGCCUUUGACGGUCUGCUGUCUCUGAUUCCUGCCAAAUAUUACUACGGAGACGACACUAGUGACCAAUGGCAACGGAAGAAGCAAACCAAAGAGCAAGCCCGAGAGGCGAAGCGGGCGAAGCUCGACCCCGAGUCGGCGAAGACGGCCAAGGACGUGCUGGAAGAAAACGCACGGAAACGCAAGCGCAAUGAGGAUGCAGCGGGAAGCGACUCGUCUGAUAGCGAACUAGGCUCCGAGCUCCCAAAAGAGGGCCUCAACAGAGGAAAUGCCAAGGGAAAGAAACAGAAGCAGGCCGAGCCUGUCAAUAAGUCUGACAAUGCUGCGGCCAAGCUCGAGGAGGCUCAAGCCCGCAAAAAGGUGAAGGAAGAGAAGAAGGCGCAGAAAAAGGCGGCACAGAAGGAGAAGAAGAAGGCGAAGGAAUCUGCAAGGAAAGAAAAGCAGCAAUCGGAACCGAAGAAGGCGGAUCUGGCACAGGAGAGCAAGAAGCCUACUAAACAGACCGAUGAUGGACACAAAGAAGACUCGGCAUCGGAAGCUGAAGAUGACGAAGAAGAAGAAGAAGAUGAAGAAGACGGCGUUGUCGAAGAAGGCUUUUCCGUUGAAUUUGAAGCCGAGCAGCCUGAAAUCCCGUCUUCUGUCUCCUCGGCACCUCAAUCGCCCGAUUCUGACGCUCCGAACCCCGAUUCUGGCAGCUCUUCUAUCUCCUCGAUUCUUCCCCCUACAGACACCUCCAAGACUUCUACAUCCGAACCCAAGCCGCUAAAAGCGACCCCGGAACAGCUUAAACAGCGGCUACAGAAGCGUCUUGACGAACUUCGGGCUGCGCGCCACGCGGACGGUCUCAAUGGCAAGCCGGCGCGGAACCGUCAUGAGCUGAUCGAAGCCCGGCGACAGAAGGCCGAGCAGCGCAAGGCCCACAAGAAGCUGCUCCGACAGAAGGCCAAGGAGGAAGAACAAAGGCUAAAGGACGAAGCCAUGGCCCGCCGCUUCUCCCCCGGUGGCUCUGGGUCUCUUCUCGCCUCUCCACGGUCUCCUGCCGAGUCUGUCGGCUCAUCGGCUAAUAACUACUCCUUUGGCCGGGUGGUCUUUGCCGAUGGCCAGCAAGCUGAUGCCAGUCUAUCCUCAUUGCGGGAACAUAAGCGGCAGAACGCGCAGGACCCCGCUACGGCCCUCAAGGCUGCGGAAUCCAAGCAGGCGCGUCUGGCAGCCAUGGAUGAGGGCAAACGGGCGGACAUCGAAGAGAAGGACAUGUGGCUGAAUGCCAAGAAGCGCGCGCACGGCGAGCGUGUGCGUGACGACACCUCACUGCUGAAGAAGGCGCUCAAGCGCAAGGAGACCGCCAAGAAGAAGUCGGAGCGCGAGUGGAGGGAACGCAUCGACGGGGUCGCCAAGGGUAAAGAGGCGCGCCAGAUGAAACGCGAAGAGAACCUCCGCAAGCGGAGAGAUGAAAAGGGCGCCGGCGGCGGCAAGGGCAAGGGCAAGAAACCGGCCGGCAAGCGCAAAGCCCGGCCGGGCUUCGAAGGCAGCUUCAAGGCUAAGGUCGGGGGCAAGAAGAAAUAAACCCCAACCGCCUUGAGCUGAGUUCCCCCACAAGCACAAAUACAAACCAAAAAGUCACAUUCUCUCUUUCUUUUUUUUUUCUCCUAUCAUUUCCCUUCCCACCCGCUCAUCAAAAGGUUUGGUGGCAUCAACGUCUGCUUGACUUGGCCUGGGCGUGAGGGAACUGGAGCUUACGGCGUUCAGGUUCCACGGUAGGGAGGAGUUAGAUUCAUUUUUUUUUCUUCUUUACUUCUUUCUGUUGAAUGUCGAAGUUUUUCUUAUCCAUGUAGCAUAGGCAGGCGAUCUAUUACUGUUCAUACUGAAUGAAGGGAUUUAAGAAUCAAUACCGCUUGUUACCGGGUUCAAAUACGUUUUCCACACACUUGUUGCUAUCUGAAUACAUCAUGA